UCAAAAUGGAAUUAGAGAAAAGUGGGCUCGUCAUGUGUUGAGUUAAAAAUAAUUAAAUUAUUUAAUUGGGUUUGUGUAUUUAGCGAAAAUCAAACCCAAGCGAAACUGUGCUAAACGUGGAAAUUAAAUAAUUAUUGAUUUGUGCUAAAAGUUAUAAAUGGAUAUAUAUAUACAUAUUUAUAAUACAUGUUCAAUGUUUUGCCCAUGCUUCGGUAGUGCACAAUGCACUUCCAAAUGACAGAAUUGCAAAAUUAAAUAAAAAAAAAACUAAUCAGUGAUGAAAGAAACUUCGUAAAACUAAUUUGCAAUAAUUUAAAAAGGGAAAGUAAAUUUACCUCCGAACUGACAUGUAAAUAUAUUUACGUACUAUACAUACAUAUGUACAAAUGUUGUAAUCGAAGGUAAACCAAUCAGAUUUUAGCACCGGUGGGCUCGUCGAGGGCUUGUCAUGUAAAAAGAGGUGGUAAAAAGGAAAUAAAAUGAUAAAGAUGCUAUCGGGCCGAGCCUUUUAAGGCGUCAAUUGUCUGGUGCAUUGUGACUGAAAAAUCACUUCUUGCAUUACAAGGCAGCUAAACUAGUAUUAGUCACGGAGAGUGUCAUAAACAUGACGGAAGGCAAACGCUUGCUGAAUGGGCCUAAGCGCCGUAUAAUUACCUCCGAAACACCAUCUACCACAAGCAAGAGUCUCGUAGGCGUCAUCGAUGAGGGUACCAGUAGCGUGCAGUUCUCACUAUAUUCGGUGCCUUACUUUAAGGAAGUGGCUAAAUAUCAAAUCGAUUUGAAAAUGAUAACACCACAGGAUGGCUGGUUUGAACAGAAUCCAUUGGAACUGAUGGACGCUGUAUAUGAGUGCUGUGAGAAGGCGUGUGCCCAGCUGCCCGCGCUAGGUUACAGCGUAGCUGAUAUAAGCUGUAUUGGCGUUACGAAUCAACGAGAAACGACUGUUGUGUGGGAUUCACGAACUGGUCAACCGCUGUACAAUGCGCUCGUUUGGAAGGAUAUACGCAGUGAGCAGAGUGUCGAUCGUGUGCUCUCCAAAUUGGACAAUCAAGACAAAAAUCAUUUCAAACACAUUUCUGGUUUACCCGUUUCACCUUAUUUCACCGCGUUGAAGUUGCGUUGGCUUUUCGAUAAUGUCGCCGAGGUGAGAAAGGUGCAUCGUGAGGGAUUUUGUAAGGCCGGUACCAUAGAUACUUGGAUUGUAUGGAAUCUUACUAAAGGCGCACUACACAUCACUGAUGUCACAAAUGCCUCGCGCACACUCCUGAUGGACAUCGAAACCUUGCAUUGGCAUCCACAGUUGUUGCGUACUUUCAAAAUAGACCGUAAUAUACUGCCCGAAAUACGUAGUAGUUCAGAAAUCUAUGGACCCAUUACCAGUGAUCGAUGUGUGCUCACCGGUGUACCAAUUAGUGGCAUAAUUGGUAAUCAACAUGCCUCACUCUUGGGACAAAUGUGUGUCAAGCCCGGCCAAGCCAAGAACACCUAUCGUUCUGGUUGUUUUCUACUCUGUAAUAUGGGAGAGCGUCCAGUUAUUUCAGCGCAUGGUCUUAUCACCACAGUCGCCUAUAAGCUGGGACCAAAUAAACCAGCUAUCUAUGCGUUGGAGGGUUCUGUGGCGGUAGGCGGUCACGCUUUACGCUGGCUAGAGAAUCGUGUACGCCUGUUGAAAGACUUUACGCAAGCGGAAAAAUGCGCAGAGGAGGUAGCGACAACGGGCGAUGUAUACUUCGUGCCUGCCUUUACGGGUCUCUAUGCACCCUAUUGGCGUAAGGAAGCGCGUGGCUUAAUUAUUGGCCUCACGCAAUAUUCCACUAAACAUCAUAUAGUGCGUGCCGCCUUGGAGGCAAUCUGUUUUCAAACACGCGACAUAUUGGAGUGCAUGCAUCAGGAGAGCGGUUUCCAGCUCAAUAAAUUGCAUGCCGAUGGCUCGAUUAGUAUGAAUAAUUUACUAAUGCAAUUGCAGGCCGAUACGGCUGGGUUAACAGUUUUUCGCUCGCAAGUGACUGAUACUACCACUUUUGGUGCAGCACUGUGUGCAGCACAGGCGGAAGGUAUAGAUUUGUUCAACUUUCAUCCGGAUGAGUUACAGUAUGAUGUUGUGGACUAUGACACUUUUCUACCCACAAGUACGGACGACGAACGCCAUCAUCGCUACGGUAAGUGGAAGCGUGCAGUGGAACGUAGCAUGGAUUGGGUAAUUAAGAAGCCUACACGCCAAAUAACUGAUGAGACGUAUAAGCUGCUGUCAUCCAUACCGCCGGCAAUAUUCGUUAUGACCACUUUUGCUAUGAUUAUACACGCGACAGCGAACAAAUAGUUGAUAGAAUGAACUAUUUCGCGUAUAGUAUAUACGAUUUUAUUAUAUUGAGUACUGAUGAAGCUAAAAGUUUUACUUAAUUUACCAUAAUUGCCAUGACGAUCGGAAGCUUUUUAUUUUAACAUUUGUUGUUGAAUAUUUUGUAAGAUUUUUCUUAAUUAAUAUUUAAGCAUAUCAAAGUACUUAAGUACUUAAUUAGUUUGCCAUUUUUAAAUUAUGUUCAAUGAAAACCUCUUAGUCGGCUACAACUUAUCCUUAAGUACUUAUUAAGUUUUGGUUGUGAUAAAAUGCUUAAAUGACAAAAUAUUUUAUAUGUUGUAAAUCUUUUCAAACGGCUUUGUUUGCCGAGAGUGCUAUCAACUUGUAUAUACUUAGAUAUAUAUUAGCUAAAUUAUAUUUUUAUACACCAUUGUAUAAACAUAAUACUUAUUUAGGUUUUUACAACUUAGAAAUUGUAAGCGUUACGAUGCGUAUACCAAAUGAAUUUAAUAAACACUGAAGCGUGUGACGAUUUCAAAAAUGA